CGGAAGGAAGCGUUUUGCCUGAGAGGAAAGGUGGCAAAGGCGGUUGUUUGGGUUCGGGUGGGCUGCAGGAGACAGAUAACAGGGAGGGCAGAAGCCGGCCGCUAUGGGGGUGCCGAAGUUUUACCGGUGGGGCUCGGAGCGGUAUCCUUGCCUCAGUCAGGUGGUGAAGGAGCAUCAGAUUCCAGAAUUUGACAACUUAUAUCUGGACAUGAAUGGCAUUAUUCAUCAAUGUUCACAUCCUAAUGAUGAUGAUGUUCACUUCCGAAUCUCUGAAGAUAAGAUCUUUGCUGAUGUAUUUCACUAUCUGGAAGUUUUGUUUCGCAUUAUUAAACCAAGAAAAGUUUUUUUUAUGGCAGUUGAUGGAGUAGCUCCAAGAGCAAAAAUGAACCAGCAACGUGGCAGACGUUUUAGGUCAGCAAGGGAAGCAGAAGACAAAAUUAAGAAGGCAUUAGAAAAAGGAGAAAUUCUUCCCACUGAAACCAGAUUUGAUUCCAAUUGUAUUACACCAGGAACUGAAUUCAUGGCCAGGUUGCACGAACAUCUGAAGUAUUUUGUAAAUAUGAAGAUUUCCACAGACAAAUCCUGGCAAGGCAUAACUGUCUACUUAUCAGGCCAUGAGACCCCAGGAGAAGGAGAACAUAAAAUUAUGGAAUUUAUUAGAUCAGAAAAAGCGAAGUCUGACCAUGAUCCAAACACAAGGCACUGUCUCUAUGGUUUAGAUGCUGACUUGAUAAUGCUUGGGCUGACAAGUCAUGAGCCACAUUUCUCCCUUUUAAGAGAAGAGGUCCGGUUUGGUGGCAAAAAAUCACAAAGAGCAAGCGCCCCAGAAGAAACCACUUUUCAUCUUUUGCACUUGUCAUUAAUGAGAGAAUAUAUAGACUAUGAAUUUUCACCAGUUAAAGGCAAGAUUUCAUUUCCGUAUGAAAUUGAAAGAAUAAUAGAUGACUGGAUUUUAAUGGGCUUUCUUGUUGGAAAUGAUUUUAUUCCUCAUCUACCUCAUUUUCACAUUAACCAUGAUGCAUUGCCGCUGCUUUAUAGAACAUACAUGGCUGUAUUGCCUGAACUUGGAGGUUAUAUAAACGAAAGUGGGCACCUCAACUUGCCACGCUUUGAGAAAUAUCUUAUAAAACUGUCAGAAUUUGAUCGUGAACACUUCAGUGAAAUCUUUGUAGAUCUAAAAUGGUUUGAAAGCAAAGUUGGUAAUAAAUACUUAAAUGAAGCAGCUGGUAUUGCAGCUGAAGAGUCAAAAAAACAAAAAAAAACAAAGGCUCAGGAAAAUGCUAUAUGCUUGGAUGCUUUAGAGAAAACUGACAAUGGAAAUGUAGAAGCUUCAAAAACAGCAUUAGAAGAUGAACUGGAAGAUGAUGGUUUGUUUGAAGCAGAAUUUAGACAGUACAAAAGAACAUAUUAUAUGACAAAGAUGGGUAUAGAAGUUGUUUCAGAUGACUUUCUGGCUGACCAGUCAAAAUGUUAUGUCCAGGCAAUACAGUGGAUUUUGCACUAUUACUACCAUGGUGUUCAGUCAUGGAGCUGGUACUACCCUUAUCAUUACGCACCGUAUCUCUCAGAUAUUUGCAAUGUCAGUGAACUGAAGAUUCAUUUAGAUUUAGGAAAACCAUUUAUGCCAUUUGAACAACUUCUUGCAGUACUGCCUGCAGCUAGCAAGGAUUUGUUACCAAAAUGUUACCAGCAUUUAAUGACUAGUGAAGAGUCUCCCAUUAUUGAAUAUUAUCCAACAGAAUUUAAAACUGAUUUAAAUGGAAAACAACAAGAAUGGGAAGCUGUGGUUUUAAUCCCAUUUAUUGAUGAGAAACGAUUAUUAGAGGCAAUGGAACCAUGCAACAAAUUAUUGAAAGCAGAAGAAAAACAAAGAAAUAGACACAGUGAAUGCCUCAUGUAUUUAUAUGAUAGAGAUAAAGAAUUCCAGUAUCUAUCACCAUGGCCAGAGAAGUUCCCUUCCAUAGAAAAGUGUCAUACAAGGUGUAAAGCUGUGUCUUUGGAUGCUUGGCAUGUGGAUAUAGCCGAUAAUAAAAUAACUCAAUUAGAUACAGAGAAGUUAUAUUUCUGUGGCUUUCCUACUCUAAAACACAUUAAUCACAAGCAUACACAUUAUGUGCAUAUAAUUACAGUUGCAGAAGAUUCAGAGGAGUUGAGUAUAGAAAAAGUAGCCAGUUUGGUGCUUGGGAAAUCAAUCUUUGUUAACUGGCCACACCUUGAGGAAGCCAGAGCUGUUGCUGUAUCUGAUGGUGAAACUAAGUUUAACUUGGAGGAGCCUCCUGGAACCCAAAAACUAUAUAGAGGAAAUGCUGUGCCACCAACUAAAGUAACAUUUGUUGGAGAAAAGGAAAAUAAUAUUUGGAUAAAAGAAAUCCAGGGAAUUUCAGAACACUACCAAAGAAGAAAAGGAGUAAUUAUAAAUGAAACAUCUGUAAUUGUAUAUGCUCAGUUACUAACUGGGAGUAGAUAUCAGUUAAAUCAAAAUGGUGAAGUGUAUUUUGAAAAGCAGUGGUCCAAGCAAAUUCUACCUUUUGCAUACCAGACAAUUGUCAAGGAUAUAAAAACUUUUGAUAGCCACUUCUCCAGACUAAAAACUUUGGAUGACCUAUUCCCUCUUGGAUGCACAGUUUUCAUGCUAGGAACACCUUACUAUGGCUGCACGGGAGAAGUUCAAGAUUCCACUGAUGUUAUCUCAGAUGGUAGAAUUCGUGUUGUUUUCAACAUUCCAUUUGAACCUCAGCUGGAUAUCUUAAUACAGAAUCAGCAUAAAUAUUCUGUGAAAUAUAAUCCUGCAUAUGUGUUGGCCAGUCGCCUUGGAGUGAGCAGUUACCUUGUGUCAAGAUUUACAGGAAGCAUUUUUAUUGGAAGGGGAUCAAGAAGAAAUCCACGUGGAGACCAUAAAGCAAAUGUAGGAUUAAAUCUAAAAUUUAAUAAGAGGAAUGAAGAAGUCCCUGGCUAUACUAAGAAAGUUGGGAAUGAAUGGAUGUAUUCCUCUGCAGUGGAACAGCUUCUAGCUGAAUAUUUAGAAAGGGUUCCGGAACUUUUUACUUACUUAGCCAAAAAUAGUCCUGAAGAUAUAUUUUAUGAAGAUGAUAUUUGGCCUGGUGAAGAGGAGAAUGGUGCUGAGAAGGUUCAAGAAAUCAUGUCAUGGGUAAAGGCUCAUCCUGUCAGUACACUUUCACGUUCAUCUUGUGAUUUACAAAUUCUGGAUGCAGCUAUUGUUGAAAAGAUUGAAGAAGAAAUAGAGAAAUGCAAGCAAAGAAAAAGUAAUAAGAAAGUGCGUGUAACUGUGAAACCUCACUUAUUAUACAGACCUUUAGAACAACAACAUGGAAUUUUACCAGACCGAGAUGCAGAAUACCGAUUGUUUGACCGUGUUGUGAAUGUGAGAGAGAACUUUUCUGUUCCCCUUGGACUUCGUGGUACUGUAAUAGGAAUUAAAGGAGCCAGCAGAGAAUCUGAUGUGCUGUAUGAAGUACUAUUUGAUGAAGAAUUUCAUGGAGGCUUAACAAUAAGGAGUUCACCUUCCAGAGGGUAUCGCAUGCCAGCUUGUGCCUUAAUUAACAUAUCUCAUGGCUAUCGAUCUGAAGCAGGAAACCAGAAAUUAACGGCCAUAGUCAAGCCUCAGCCAGCUGUGAGUGCCUAUAACUCAUAUUCAUCUGAAUCCUUUUCUAUAUCUUCCCAAAAAGCACAUCUAGGAGGACUCAAUCAUUCCCCUCGUUCCCUCUUCAUUCCAACUCAACAAUUGAAUGGAAGACAGCAUAAUAGUAUCAAAGCAGAGAAGCAGGGCAAUUCCAGUUCUCUGCAGAAAGUAACCUAUACAAGUAGCAAUCAGAAAUGUAAACAAGCUCACAAUAAACAAGAUGAUGAAUUUUGCAACAUUUGGCAAUCACUGCAAAGCUCUGGAAAGUCUCAGCCUACCCCACAAAAUAAGCAUGACAUGGAUGAAGUUUUUUUACCUCAGUAUGUAAAAUUAAGUACCAGUGGCCGGUCCUGCAAACCAGGUUUUAAUGAGAAUAGCUUUAAAGGCCAGCAAAAAACCCAGGACUCAUUUAGGAAAUUUCCAGCCAAAGAAGAUUCUAAAGAGCCAAGAAAUGAAGGUCAAGCACAAAAAGUAUCAAAUAAACUGAAUUUUGCAGGUGUAAGUAAGGGUAAUGUGAAGCUUCUGAAGAGAAAUGAAGUUCCAAAUACACAAAUAGAACAAAAACCUGCAGUUCAUGAUCCCAGUAUAAUUGCAAAGAAUGGAUCUGAACUUGAAGAUAUUUUGGCAUCUUUAAAAUUUUUCAGAGAAAAGGAACAACAAUCACCUGAUUCCAAGGAGCCAACAAAUGAAGAGCAUUUAUCUCCACAGUCUUUUGCUAUGAAAGGAACACAGAUGCUCAAAGAAAUUUUGAAGAUAGAUGCUUCUGCCUCUCCAGAAGGAAAGACUAAUGAAAUUUCACCUUCCACUUGUAAACAGGAUUCUCUUGAACCUGCUUCACAAUGCAGACACCCAAAAAAGAUGGUGGCUUUCAUGAAUAAAUCUCAUACAGGAGGGUCACAGAACCUUCAAGCCAUGGAAAUAGGAAGCCAUCCUCCCCAUGGAACACCAAAUUCAGUGUCUACUGCAGUGUCUGAACUUUCUCAUAUCUGCUCCCUUGUUGGAAUGUUGCAGCCAGAUUUCUCAUUCCUUAGAACCCCACAGACAAUGACGGUUUGUCAAGUAAAGCUAUCAAAUGGCUUAUUAGUACAUGGACCUCAGUGUCAUUCUCAAAAUGAGGCCAAGGAGAAAGCAGCAUUUUUUGCUUUACAACAGUUGAGCUCUAUUGGGAUGAAUUUUCCCCUGCCACCACAGCAACAACUGCCACCCCCACCAAUAUUUCCAGGUUAUCAGCCACUGGGAAAUCUUGUAGCACCUGGAUCUAUUCCUCCAGCUUUCACUCAACAGCAGAGUGCUAAUGUAUUUCCUUCAUUUCCUGCCUUUGGCUCAGUGCGAUGGGGAGCCCCAGUGCCAGUUCACAGCAAAUCUUAUUAUACAGGUUCUUAUCCUGGAAAUGCAUCCUUUGUAGGCACUGUACCAGUUGGCACACACAACCAAUUUAUACCUUUGCAGGUAACUAAAAAAACAGCUGCAAACAAAAUGAAUUUUGAGUCUAAGGAGUUCCAAGCUUGUCUUCAGGAUGUACAGUUAAAGAAUGAUCAGUCAAUAUCUGACACCACAAAACUGAAUUCACAGGAUGCUUCCUUUGAUCCUUUAAGACCCCCUCAAACUGUUCAGUCUGUAGUAACUUUUCAAGAAAAAAUGGCUUCUCCAAAUUUAAGGGCACCUCAUAAAAAGUCAACACCAAAUGUUUCUACCAAACGAAAACCCAGAAAAUUGGCUGUCAAUUUUGGUGCAUCAAAAUCUUCAGAAUAAGUAUGGUACACAGAAGACUUAUCUUUCUAUUGUAUUAUACAAAUAAAUACAAUUUUAAAUUUUAAUUAUAAUUCAAACUAUGCUUUUAAUGUUUUCUGCCAGUUGCAUUAUUUUUAACACUUAUUAUGCUCAUUAAAGGACUUGAUUUAGUUGAUAAAAUCCAGGAAUUUUUGAAUUAAGGUAGCUACACUAGCCAUCUUGCCUAGAACUCAAAAAAUGGCUUCUAAACAUUAUCCCAAGAGAGCAGCAAUAAUAUUGAUAUCUCAGUUCUAAUUUAGAAUUCCUUUGUUUAAAUUGGAGAUGAGUCUGAAAGCAUGAUUCUUAUGUUUUGUCUCCUUUUUAAAGAUUAUAUAACUUCUAAAAACUAUUUAUGUGUAACCAUAUUUUAUUUCUAUAUUUCAGAUUCUUUUAAUCUGAUACAGCGUGAAUAGAAUUUAACUAUUGUGGCACUGCCGACUUUACAUAAAGUUCAUGUCUAGGAAUUAUACCAAAGCAACUUAAGAACUUGAACAUGUCCUAAAAUUAUUGUAAUGAACUGUUUUUAACUAGAUGGCACCAUGUACCAGCAAACAAGAUACACAAAUUAUUGAUCUGGUUUUGUCCUGAACACAAAGAUUAUUUCUGCACAUUGCACCGUAAUCUUAUACUCUUAUUUGGUGUACAACAUGAGCCCUGAACCUAUUCUUGUUUAUGAAAAUGAACUCUUUACAAUUUGGCAAAGUUUUUUUUUUCAUAACAUGAAAAGUUUAUAGAUUUUCUUAAGAAAAUUAUUGACAAGCCAGUUUUAAUUCAUACUUAGACACACACACAAACCUUUUUGUUUUUGUUCUGUUGUUUACCUUCAGUGUAUUUUGGGAGAAGUAAAGUAUUAACCAGCAUGAUACUGUUUAUUAUUAUCUUUUGAAAUAUUCAUUUUUUUUUUUUAA